UGCUUGGCUGCCAUGCCAUGGAUGGCAUGCAACAACAAAUCUUGGAGAAAGGACGGUCCGGUCUGGUCACGUCUGAACUGUGUCACAUGUGUCAGUUUUAGAGUGACUUGACACCCAUCGACUCUUGACUAUGAUAAGUAGAGAACCCCAGAAGCGAAACAGUCCAAGAGACUCCGAGGGAAACAUUUUUUGGAUUGAACUCAACUCAGCUCCGCUUACGAAGCUUUCUCCUGGGACCGACGUGUCCUCACUGCAUUUGAAAUAAGAAGAAGGCUUGGGAUGGCCCGCCCGCCGGGCCUCGGCAUCCCUUCCUUUCUCCCAGGCAGGCUUGACAUGAGAAGGCAGAGAGUGAGAGGCAGCCAGCCAUGCCAAGCGAGCCAGCUCGUGCUAGCUCUCAAUUGCUUUGACUCUGUUUAAAGAUAUCAAAUGUGAGUGCGACUUCCUCCAUAAUUACCGCGCCACUCUCCAGGCACUGUACCUUCUUCUGAGCUGCAGGCCCACCUCUCCCUCCCGUCCCCUACCCUUGCGCUACUCCUCCUACUUCUACAUACUCCCUGACUGCCGGAUUUUAGCGUCUCCGGCUCCCACUCCUUCUCCUGCUCUCGCUGCUCUGCUUCUCCCACCACUGUAUAUCUCCAGCCCGAGAACUGGCGGUGCCAUCCAAGCCAUGCUAUGCCCCUGGGGAUUGCCAUUAAAUUUACUCACCCAACCGAGAUCUACACUGCAAACUUUUUCUCUAACUAAACAUAGAGAUGGCUUAUGAGUCCUCAUGUCGUCAGCGAAACAGCAGCAUAUGUGGGUGGAAUAGUCGGAUAAACGGCACUCGGGAUGGGGAUGAGCAUAGAAUUCGCGCACUGAGAAGAAUGCGGUAAGCGGAAAGAGGAAAACAGAUUAGGGUCGGGGAUGAGUGACGGCCUCAGGAAGGGGGCAGUGUACACAGUGAACGAAAUGAAUGCAGCGAAGCAAAUGGAGAGAAGAUCUGCGUCCGGUGAUGAUGAUGAGUGAUGAACCGAGUAGUGAGUAGUGAUGUUGCUUCCACCUCUGAUCAUCGGAUCAUGAGGUGAAGAACGAUCCUCUCUCUCUCUCCAGAAAGGGAGCUGACUCUUCUUCCCUCUCCGUGCCUCUCCCUUCCAUCUUAUACCAGCGAGCGAGUAAGCAAAGAAAAGUUCGAACGGAACGAAUCCAAUCCAAUCUAGCUUUUCUCCUCUCACCCAUCGCAUACUCGGUGUGCCUGGUCCGUCUGAUCUGAGCAAACCUCCGCCAGAGCGUCAUGAGAUCAAAUCGCAACCGACAACAACAAAAUGACAUGUCGUAUCCACCCUACUGUAGCACUCUUCAAUAAAACCCUUAGAGUAUAUAGUGGAGCGGUUUCACAUGAUAAUGAUGUUAUCACUCACUCCGGUCUUAAAGACAUCAGGCUGGUGAUACCAAACUGCCGAUUAUAAGGACGAAUGUUCUGGCACCGAGUAAGAAGCAGAUUCCUUCAACAUGGGAAUGUAAUUACCGUUCGUAGAAAGGGAAAAUAAUCGCCGGGCGGAUGAAGACGCAGUAGAAGAUAGAAGAAAUUGCGACUCCCGGAACGUUUGAAUGAAUGUAUGCAUGAAUGAUUGAAGAAGAAGUUUGAAGCAGAGAGACCAGAAGUCGGAGGAUGUUAGAUGUUGGGCGGGGACGCAGGCGAGACUCUCUGGCUGCUUUUAGAAGCACGAAUGAGGGGAAGCCACGUGGCUGACCGCCGCAAUCGUGCGCUUUGGAGACCCGACCUACUGCAGCGCCCCACGUGGUGGUUCUAUGCUCGUGAUUGUCCUGCUCCGGCUGCACACAUCAGUCCUGCUCUUCUGCAAUGCUCUUCGCUUGAGGUUUCUUACGAUCAUUUGCCUUGCUAGGCCCCAAUUCUUUCUCAUAGCGUACACUUCGGCUCACGCUCUCCAUCGGCUCUUGCUUACAUCCCACUUCUUUCUUGCUUGACCUCGUUCGUUGGCGUGCAUAGCACACAGUGUUAUUCGCAUGAGCAUCAUCUAUCUCUUUCAUUCCUGCGCUCUGCCCCCUCAUCCUGGUCCUGACUCUUAUGUCCUUAUGUCCUUACCACCACCACCUGUUCCUGCCCGCUGCCGGUACUGCCGCUGUAGGCAGACGCGCACUUUGGAGUGGAAGGACCCCUUCCAGCAGCGAGAGAGAAAGAUAGGGGUUAGUUGUUGGAGAAGCUCGAAGGUUUGCUCUGGGUUUGAAUGAAGGGUGUUGCCGCCCUCCCCGCUUGGCUCCUUAUGGGUACGAAGGAGUAGGCCAGACAUGGUAGGUGGGCGCUUACGCUUAUGGUAAGCAGCUCGUUCCAAGUUUUUGUUUUUUCCGUAAGAACCCGAGUUUGUGGUGGUGACGUCUUGACGAGGUAAGGAGGAAUCAUAGCUCGCUCGAGGACGGGGGACGGGGAUAGCGUGUGAUGCAAGGGUGCCUAUGUCAUCAAGAUUGCUUGUGAGCUGAGGAAGGGAAGCGAAGAAAGCAGCACAGAUAAGGACUUUACCCGACGGGAGGCAUGAGGAUCAGAGUUUUGAUUACAGGAAGAUAGGCGGUAGUGGAGCAUUUCAGGUUCGAAGGAGAGCAGAAGACUGGUAACCUUAUCUUUUAAGUGUCGAGGAGAUCAAUUCUCUAGCAUUGUUUGUAGCACCGGGCACUAUUUCCGAGGUGGACGAAGUACACUGGGUGGAGGAAAAUCAGGCAGUCUUGACAGUGUGGCUUUUCUUGGGACUUAUCGGUUGCCCAUCAUCUUGGUAGCAGAACAGGGAGCGGGUAAAAUACAUCGACAUGUCGAAGGAAGCUUUUAACAUCCUCGUCGUUACAUAUUGCUCAUAACCUGCCCUCGGAAGGACAAGGAGGCGAAGUCGUUCACGGAGUCGUAUUCUUAUUGGGGCCACUAUCGUUGGAAGCCACGCUUUCAGGGAUACUCAUGAGGAGCCGUGAGUAUUUGGGACGAAAGUGAGUCCAGCUGACUGAUGCAUAUCACUGUUUGGAGGUUACCCCAAGCAGACACCGGGGAUAAUGAGUAGCGAGUUGCCAGUUGAAGUACAAGUCCCAGUCCUGGCAAGCUCUAAAAAACAACGGAGUGCGCGGAGCACAGCUAGGAACGGCUGGGGGCCAGGACAGCCUGAGACACGUAGACUUGUAGGAUGCAGCUAUGUAAGCACAACAUUUCCCCGCCAUACGUUGGUUUGGGCAAAGCGGGAUAAUGGAGUCUGGUGGCCAGCUAAGGUUGUGGGUGUUGACGAAAUACCAGAGGACCUCAAGAAGCAAGAAGAAGGUUGGACAUGUGUAAAAUAUUAUGGAAUCGAUGUCGCCCAAGCCUUCGCUUGGUUGAAGUCCGAAGACUUGUGUUCUUACGACAAUCACUUAGAAGAGUACAGUAAGCAGCAUUUACCUGAUGGCAUCAAAGCAGAUGAAUUCAAGUCAGCUAUGACUGAAGCCCAAGAGGCCGCCAAUAAUCGCGCUGACAACGCAAUGGUAAAACCGACGAGUGUCAUUGCAAAGCCUCAGGAUAUCAAAAGCCGGAUGACCCCACGUGUUGAGAAGGAAACGGCGAAGGAAGAAAUAGCUGCACCGAGUGAGGAUACUGAACAGGCUCCGAAGCGGAGAAAAUUGAAACUCAAAGGAGUGGACAAAGUCCCAGUGAAGGAAUCUACUUCAAAAUUCCUUUUGAAAGGGAAGGAAGGUACCAAGGAUGCUAAGGUUAUUGACAAGAGCGUUGAAUUGACAAGAAAGCGGAAGCGAAUGUUGAAAAGGCCACAGACUGGUACAAAUGAUCACGAAUUGCCCAAGGGUGAAACACUCGAGUCACCUACGAAGAAAAUUGGAUCUCCAACUGGCAACUCAAGCAGCCUCAACUCGCGCGAUCCAGCUAAGAAGUCCAGUUCUCGAGGAAAGAAAACAGGUGACGAUGGGUAUUAUUUCGAAUGCAUGGUCUGCGAUAUGGGAGGAGACUUGCUGUGCUGUGACCUUUGUCCACGAGUUUAUCACUUGGAGUGUCUCAGUCCUCCGCUGAAGCGUACACCUCCAGGCAAGUGGAUAUGUCCUGUCUGUAAAGAACUACCUGGAGCAGCUAAAGGUAUAAUUCAGACACCAGAUUCCAAGCCUAGGUUCAAAUCAACUACACAUGUUGGUGAACCUUCUUCUCAUGUUACGGGACACAAGCUCAAAGGGCUAAAACGUGGAUGGAAAAUCUUCCAUAGAGGGAAGCCGAUAGUUCCGGACUUGGACAUCAAAAAGUUGCGAAAGAGGAAAAGAGAUGAGGAUUCCGAAAGAUCCAGGAAAAGGCUCAACUUGAAAUUGAGUCGACCGUUUAGUCAAACACAAAUUAAGUGUAGGCAGUGUGGCGCUGGCAUUCAUUCAUCAGGGGAGUCUUCAAGCAAUGUUCUCUGCAAGGAGUGUGUAGAGUUGGUUAAGCUAAAGAAUUCUACCUUACCAGCGAAGAUGUUGGCUACUCCGAGGAAGGACAUGAUACCAACUAGACACUCAAAGCUGAAACCAGGGAAGUGUGACAUCUGUCAGCAAGAUGGGUUUGUGAUCCUCUGUGAUGUUUGUCCAAGAGGGUAUCACAAAGACUGUCUUAGCCCACCGAGAAAAAGAGCACCAAAGGGAGCUUGGUCUUGUCCAAAGUGUGGACCUUCAAAGGAGAUCAAAGAGGGCAAAGAGACGAGGGAAGUACGGGAGGCUCGGGAAGCGGCAAAGGCCGCGAAAGCAGUGAAAGCAGUGAAGGUUGUGAAGGAGAAGGAGACAAAGGUUGAAGAACGUGAAGGAGGUUCUCCGGAGCCAGUGGUAGCGUCACCUGUUACGUUAGAGGUCGAACGAAUUCUAGGUUGCCGCUUGAGUCAAGCUACAACUUCGAACAAGGUAGAGCACAGUGAGUCUCAUGCCUCCGAUAAGUCAGAACGACUAGCACCGGGUGAGAACGGCUCGAUAUUAUGGAGGAAGUCAGAAGAGAGACACGAUAUUGAGAUCAGGUUACCAAUCUGCAAGGUAGAAGAUGCUGAAGGUGAACGGAAUUUGCAAGAAAAAGUCGAAUCGGAUGAUGCGAGCACGACACCUCUGUCUCUUCCUGGAGUUGGAGCACAGGGUAGUUGUUCUAAUGAGAAGGGUAGACUUGGAGUCUCGGCAGACACAACUUGUGAUAGAUCAGCUGCUGAACUAUCUACAGCGGGCAAGCUGGAGAUUGAUUUAGAGAAGGGAGUCUCAAAUGAAGCUUCUUCGCCAGCAGAGAAGGAAUUUUUGGAAGAAAAGGAUGUUGGAUCAGAGACUGAUGCUACCAAUACUUCUUGUACACCUCAGGAAGUUUGUCCAAAGAUGGAAGAGCAGGUUGACGGUAGUGGAUCAGAAGCAUCGACAGUUAAAGAAGAUGAGGAUGAAGAGGGCAAACUUCUACCAGUUCUCUUUGCUCCUGAGAAAUCCGAUGGAAAUUCAGUCGAUACUCAUCUUAUAGCUAAGGAAAACCUUUCAUCCGGUGAAUCCAAAGGUCCAGAGAAUUCGUUGAGCUCCGAAGGUGAUGGGCUGGAUAUUGCUGUACCAUCCUUGUCCUUGGAGCCAGCCUGCAGCACAAAGAGCUCUACAGGGACUGAUAGAUCUGCACCUUCGGAAGCGAGAACUGCCCUGGUGGAUACGGAUGAUCCUGUUGCUGAAUCGUCACGAGGAGGGGCUCAGAGUCCCUCCGCAGCAGUGGACUCAGCUAUGAAACAAUCUGAUCGAGAGUUCCUAGUUAAGUGGAAUGGCAAGGCCCACAUACAUAACGAGUGGGUCAGUGAAGAGCGUCUGCGGAAAAUAGCCAAACGGAAACUGGACAAUUACAAGGUCAAGUACGGUAAUGCUCUUCAUGUGCUUACGGAGGAACAAUGGCACCAUCCUCAGCGAAUUGUUGCUAAAAGAGUGGGAAAGGGAAGUGUGAACGAAGUCUUUGUGAAGUGGUGCGGAUUGUCGUACGAGGAUUGUACGUGGGAGCUCACAAGCGAGCCUGUCGUAAAGAAGAGUGAGGAGCUUGUGCAAGCUUAUGACGGCUUUGAAAAGGCAGCACAAGAAAGCUGCACAAAUACUUCUGCGAUAGAUGCAAGUAGUCCCGAUCUGUCAGAUCUUAAGACGCAGCGCCCACCUGAAAUCGAGGCACUUGUUGAGCAGCCAGCCUAUUUGAAGGGAGGGUCGCUUUUUCCUCAUCAAUUGGAAGCGUUGAAUUGGUUACGGAAGUGUUGGCAUCGGCAACGCAAUGUUAUUCUGGCUGAUGAGAUGGGCCUCGGGAAGACUAUAUCAGCUUCUUCGUUCUUGGCCGCGGUUCACCAUGAGUUCAAAGUAAAGGCACCAUGUCUAGUUCUAGUUCCACUAUCCACCAUGCCAAACUGGCUGGCUGAGUUUUCCUUGUGGGCUCCAUCUCUGAAUGUAAUAGAGUAUCAUGGUAGUGCCAAGGCAAGAACAAUCAUACGUGAGCAUGAGUGGCAUGCCAUCGCCCCGGACGGGUCUGGGAAGAAGCUGAAACAAGUAUAUAAGUUUAACGUGAUGCUGACUACCUACGAGAUGGUGAUACAAGACUCAAGUCAGUUGCGAGCGAUUCCCUGGGAAGUCUUAGUUGUCGAUGAAGGCCAUAGACUGAAGAAUUCUGGGAGUAAACUCUUUACUCUUCUCAAUACGUUUUCGUUUUCUCACAGAGUACUUCUAACGGGUACGCCUUUGCAAAACAACUUCUCAGAGAUGUUCAAUCUACUGAACUUUUUACAGCCCGAUACAUUUCCAUCUCUGGCUGCCUUCGAGGAGAAGUUCAGUGGAUUGAGCACUGCUGAGCAAGUGGAAGAACUCAAGAAGCUAGUUGCUCCUAACAUGCUUCGUCGUCUCAAGAAAGAUUCCAUGCAGAAGAUUCCUCCCAAAACGGAGCUUGUUGUCCCAGUGGAGAUGAAUUCUGUGCAGUCAGAGUAUUACAAAGCUCUUCUGACCAAGAAUUACUUGUUGCUACGGAAUGGAGCAAAGCAACAGUCCAUGCUGAAUAUUGUGAUGCAGCUCAGGAAAGUCUGUAACCAUCCUUAUUUGAUUCCGGGUACCGAGCCAGAGACAGGUACAGCGGAAUUUUUGCAGGAGAUGAGAAUAAAGGCCUCUGCAAAGUUGAUGCUUUUACAUUCAAUGCUGGGCAAGCUAAAAGCUGAUGGACAUCGGGUCCUUAUAUUUUCGCAGAUGACCAAGCUUCUCGAUAUCUUGGAAGAUUACCUUACUUACCAGUUUGGAAGUGAAGCGUUUGAGCGUGUUGAUGGAUCUGUAUCUGUAGCUGAGCGACAAACAGCUAUUGCUCGCUUCAACCAAGAUACUUCUCGAUUUGUUUUCUUGCUCUCUACUCGGUCAUGCGGUCUCGGAAUCAACUUGGCUACCGCAGAUACUGUAAUCAUAUAUGAUUCUGAUUUCAACCCACAAGCCGAUAUCCAGGCGAUGAAUAGGGCUCACCGGAUAGGUCAGUCGAAGACACUGCUGGUGUACAGACUUGUGGUUCGAUCAAGCGUAGAGGAGCGCAUUUUACAACUUGCGAAAAAGAAACUGAUGCUGGAUCAUUUGUUUGCAAACAAGUCCGGAUCUCAGAAGGAGGUACAGGACAUAAUUCGAUGGGGUACAGAAGAACUGUUCCAGGAAUCGUCAACUCCGGUGGAGGAGACGUCCUGUGUUCCACACAUGACUCAUUCAGGCGAUGUCGAAGGGGUAGACGAUGGAGAGACAAGGCUUAAGAAGAAGAGUGGGGGUCUUGGAGAUGUUUACGAUGAUUACUAUCAAAAGCUGGGCCGCUCCAAACUUGAGUGGGACGAUGCGGCCGUAACCCGCCUUCUUGAUCGAUCAGAAAUUAGUACUCGCCAUCCAGAUGUCAGUGAAGGAGAACAUGAAAGUGAUCUGCUUGGCUCGUUGAAGGCUUGGGAUUGGAACGAUCAAGAUGUAAUUCCUGAAGAGCACGAAAAAGACGAUCCUAAUGGAAAAGAUACUGAUCUGGGGAUUAUGAAAUCUCCUCUUGCGGAAGAGGAAAAUCAGUGGGACAAGCUCCUGAAAUCAAGAUGGGAAACCAUGCAAGCUGAAGAGGAAGCUGCUCUGGGCCGUGGUAAACGCCUUCGUAAAGCUGUAUCAUACAUUGAAUCAAAUGGAGAGAAACCGAAAGAACCGUCGAGUGAGUCAUCAGAUGCUGAGAGGGAGGACGACCCUGAACCAGAUUACACUCCAGUAGGUCGGGCUUUUAAGCAAAAACUGCAAAGGCUUCGAGCAAGGCAAAAAGAUCGUAUUCAGCAGAGGUACAAUGGGGCUGCUGGUAUAGCAGAAGGGGAACGGUUGGUGACUUUGACUGGAAUCCCUACCGAUGGUUUGGGUGUUUUGAAGAAACUAGAACUACUGCCAGAAUCCCCUGCUCCACCGUGGCCACCGCAGCCUGGCUUGCCAUUUUUGAAUAUAGCAUCAGACCCUUUCUCACAGGCUUUAAGCAAGGCAACUGCAUCCUCUGUUGUAUCGCAUGCUGUAACUGACAUACAGUCUGUAAGGAAUUCAAGUUCACCUACCGCCCCGGCCAUCAAUGUCGAUUGGUACUCAAGUAGUAAACCAUCGUAUCCUCAGCAGCAUCAUCCAGCGACUGGCACAUCAAAUGAUGAAGGUGCGUCAAGUUCAAAACUACCGGGUCAUAAUCUUGGACAUCCUAGGUGGCUUGGAGGUUUAGGGUCAGAGCCUAGUAGUACCUCUGUUAUGACGCAAAUUUUUGGGAGGCCAGCAUGUGUGGGUGAUGAAGUUCGAACAGAGAAUGCAUCUGGAGUGACGCUAGCAACUCUGUCACAAGGAACAAAUGGGGGUCAUUUGAGCCACCUGCUACCGGAUUUUCGACAAAGUCUGCAGGGAGUGCAUCAAAGCAAUUCAUCACGACAAUCACCUCCAUCGCAGAUCGAUUCUAGAGGAUCGACACCAGGUCCUCUGGAAGUACCUUUCCAGCAAGAUGGUGGAUUGAGUUCUUCAUCAGGUCUGCGAACCGCAAAUGGUGCUAAGACUACAUUCUCCUUUGAGGAAAUGAAAUCAUAUUCUGGUCAUCAGUACAAAUCUAAACCUCCAGACGUUGCUCUUGAGUUUUCUCAAAAGAUUUUCGGCACUGAGAAAGCUCUCAACUCGGGUGUUACGUCGACAGGAGGAGAAGCUUCAACUUGCCAGGGAAUCAAGCAGGGUCCUUUACAACUCUCGUCUCUUCUCCCUGUGGAUCCUAGUUCUUCUCUGAAGAGUCAGAGGUCCGAGUACAGUUCAGCUUUACCAGGAUCCUCUUCUCAGCCAUCAACACAUGAUUCAAGGAGUCCCAAUUUGUCAAUAGCUCUGGGCCUCGGAGGUUUGAUGAGUGGUAGUCAUGAACAUUCGAAAGAAGCGAGUCCGGCUAUUGAUGCCAGAAACUUCCUGGAUAUGCGAGUGCAGGUAUCUGCUGCGUCUUCCUCAGCUGUAUCUUUGAUAUCUACUGUCGGGGUAGAUUUGAAUGACUUGGGCAGAGUGGAAACUAUGCCUAUUGAGCUGGAUGAUGAUCAAGAUUCUCAGCCAACUGUAAGUACGAGAGGUUUCUUAAGUCCAGCGAAGAUUGAUGGAUCAGGAAGAGGAUGGCACAUAGAAGAGCAAAGGAAGCACAAAGAAGAAAUCGACAGAACCUGGACUGAUGAAGAAUUGGAUGCUCUGUGGUCUGGAGUCCGGAGGCAUGGGCGAGGCAAUUGGGCUGCUAUGCUUAUCGACUCUAAAUUAUGCUUCUUGAAAUCUAGAUCUGUAGGUGAGCUGUCAGAGCGUUGGAAAGAAGAAGAAAUGAAAAUGUUUGCAAAACCAGAACAGGUGUCUGAAGUUAUGAAGCAACCUGCAAUCCGCUGGGGAGGUACGAACAAAUUGUCCAAUGUUGAAGGGGGAUCAGAACACCUUUUGCAGCAUAUGAGCGGGGCUGAACGAGGAAGGCAUCUCCAAUCUAGUAUACCUUUGGCACCGAGUUGUACUUCAGAUAUUGGUCUGGCUGGCCCUCACGAGAGGAGAGACGGAAUGCCGUGGAGUCUUCCUGAUUUAGAUGUCAAGCCAGAGAAAGAAAGAUUGCCAUACUUUGGUUCAUCUACAUCUGGAAAUCUUUCCACACCACCCAGCUUGGAUCUCGUUGAUAAAAUUGGGGAGCUUGGAGGCAGUAGACCAUCGAUCAACUAUCACAAUCUGCUCGACUUGCAACCUGGACGAUCAUCUCCCGUGCUUCAGCCUGGCAUGUCCUCGAGGAACAGCUCGUUGCCUGGAACUGCCUUGGGAGUGAAUUUAGUAGGCUCCUUUGUCCCGUCGCAGGCAUUGAGUAGGCUGGAAAGCAGUGGUAUCUUGAAGUCAAGUGGGCAUCUGGACCAUGUUGGUGCGGAAUCUGCUCCCUCAUUGAGCCCAGGACUAGCCCUCGGUCCGGAUUGGAGGAGAAACGACAGUAGGUCCAAAGAACGGGGACCUUUGCAACAAUCACCAAACUUCUCUGGUGUAGAAAGUCUCAAACAUCACCCUCACUUCUCGGAGAGCAAUGUUUUUAAGUCACAUGAUUCUCACCCAUCGGCCCCGUUUCCUCCCGCUCCUAGUCCUGUUUUGGGAUCACCAACAGGACAAUCUUUGGGCAACCGGGCUUUGGUUUCUCUUCCACACAAUGGAGGAGGUUUGUCCACUGCGGACCAGAGGAGGAGGGCCAGACCGGCUCCUCCAAAGGAUGAGUCGGCUUCAAGUAAUUUACCUCACUGGUUGAGAGAAGCUGUCAAGGCAAGGUCUGCUCCCCCCCAGCCCCCUCUUCCACAAGCAAUUGCAGCAGUAGUGCAGGCUACAAGCAUGCUGUACAAGGGAUCUAAGCGACUGCUCCCUCCUCUGGUGCAUCCGGGGUAUCCUCUUGUACCACCACGGGAACCUCCUAAGAAAGCUGAAAGGAGACGUCGUAGGCCUAAGGUGAAUCCCCAAGUCACUGGGAAUCCACUUGUUGCUGCACCAAAUCAAUCGAUUAUCGAUCUUACGCGGUCUAUUAAGCUUGAAGGCCUCAAUCCAUCACUCCUUCCUCAAUCGGCAGAAGUAAUCAGUGGAUUGCUCUCCAGAUCUCUGCCAACUCUUGGGCAGAUGAGUACUCUAUCGCGGACGAAAGGCUUCGAUUUUCCUUUGAUACCAAGUUUCGAUCAUUCUCAGCAAGUACAACCCCCUCCUGCAGGUUCGAUUUCAGAAAUGAUGGCUCGUAGAAGCUUGAUAGAGCUCGGAUUCAUGUCUGGACACAGUGACCCCAUGUUGGCAUCAACUCUGAACAGUAGCAGGAAUCCUUCUCUUGAGGAGACAAAUUUAGGGUCCUUAGGACAAGGAAGACGACCGCCAUUUGACUUUCGUCCUCCUGAAGCGGAUCUGCCUUGGAAACGAACUGACUUGCAGAGCGCGUCUUUACCAACGAGUGCCCCUUCAACGUCACGUCAGUUUAGCAGAAACAAUCAAGGAGCCAAUUUUUCAGAAGCUUUUUCUCAAUCUGCCUCUAGAAUUGCUGAGGGAAAUGUUUCUGAUUCGGAGAAGAAAUCUCAGCUUCCUCAAUGGCUGCUGAACGAAAACCCUCAACCUAAGAGUGACAGCAGGCAGAAGCAACUCCCGAAGGUCAAUGUUGAUGCUGAUGAUGGUGAUGAUUCUUCUUCCAGCAAAACUGUAUCCGACCCUGGGAUACGCGGCAAACGAGGCAAAGAUGCAGACAAUGAAGAUGAUGCCUCAUCAGAAGAGACCAUCUCAGAUGAUGGCACCCAGUAAGCAAGUUGAGGGAGUUUUGGGACGAGCUGUAGCUGUAUGAAUACAUUUUUCCGACUUCUAAUUUAGAAGACCAUGUGGAUAUUACAAUUUGAAUGGUCCAGUGAGAAAUCCCUUUUUAGCUGCAAAUCAAAGCGUGAGUAGGAUUUGAUGUAUACUCAUAUAUCUGCUCCCAGAAGUAGAAUCGCAGAUCCUACAGACAUAGGAUUGAUGUCUAGUAAAUUUUCGUGCACUGGCUUGGGUCAAGGGGAAUUCAGUUUCCUUCGUCUGGGAAAGCUCGCCCCCACUGAAUUGUGACACUGUCUUGUGUCUGCACUAGAGUAUAUCAUUGACCACUUGCAAGCUUAGCGUACCGAAGCUCAAUGCUUAAGAACCCCGAUAUGAUUCGCCCAUCCCCCCGCUUAGUUGUAGGUAGUUUAUAUAUAUAUUGUUGGGCUACAAUUGACCGAUGUCCUUUUUUGAGUACUGUGCAGGAAACCUGCGAGUGGAUGACAAAUUUUGUUCUUUCUAUCAUGCCCCCUUUUUCCCCCGACGAGGGUCUUAGUUAAAUCCCACUGGGAAGCUCAUUUUUGAGUCUCU